UGAUAUCUGCACACUUGUGAGCUACGCCCAUCAUUGUCCCUUCCUCUUUCAGUUCAAUGUUUGUGUGUGUGAGAGUGCAAUGGCAGCCGCAACGAUCUCUGUAGAACCAGACCAGUUUUGCUGUCCAGUGUGCCUAGAGGUUCUGCGAGAUCCCGUGACCAUCCCGUGUGGACACAGCUACUGUCUGGACUGCAUUGAGGAUUACUGGAACACAGCGAAGCAGAAAGACCAGCACAGCUGUCCCCAGUGCAGGCAGGAGUUCAAUCCCAAACCCCUGCUGAGCAGGAACACUGUUCUGGCUGAAGUGGUGGAAAAGUUCCUGAAAAGUGAAGUUCAGCCUGCGGCUCAGCACCUGGCGAAACCCGAGGAGGUGAAAUGCAGCGUCUGCAAGGGCAGGAAGAACAGAGCUGUGAAAUCCUGUCCCCAGUGCCUGGAGUCUUUCUGCCUGGCUCACCUGAAAGGACACGAAGAGCGCUUUCACAGAAAAGACCACAAGCUGAUCCCAGCCACAGAUAGGCUGAAGGAGAAGCUGUGUCAACAGCACGAAAAGCUGCUGCGCCUGUACUGCCUCAGUGACCAGCAGUGUGUGUGCUCGCUGUGUGUUAAGGAGAGGCACAAGGGCCACAACACCGUGCCGCUGGUGGAGGAGAGGACCAAUCAGCAGAAAAAACUCAAAGAAACUUCUUUGAAGUCGGUACAAAAGCUGAAGGAUGCAGAGAAGGAACUGAGAUACGCCAUAAAAUACAUGAAGCAUUCUGCGGAGGCUGUGGUGGAGGAGAGUGAAAGGAUUUUCUCCAAGUUGAUUCGAUCCAUUGAGAAACAAAGCGGAGAGGUGAAGGAGAUGAUCAAAUCCCAGGAGAGACUGGUGGUUGGUCAGGCCGAGGAGAUGCUGGAGAGGAUCCAGAGGGAGUUGGCUGAGCACCGGAGGACGGAGGCUGAGCUGGAGCGGCUGUCUCGCACGGAGGACCACAUCCACUUCCUCCAGAAAUGCAAGCAUCUCCAUUUCCCUAUGAAGACUGUGGAGAUGCCCAACACGGAUGCCCUGACGUAUUUCAUGUAUAAAACAAUGAGAGACGGCCUGGGCGACUUGAAAGGAGGUCUGGACGAAACAUUUCAAAGGGAAUCCAGCAGGGUUUCAGAGAAAGGUAUGUCCAUUUUAAAUAUUUUAUCUUGCAGAAUUUUGGAAUCAACUUUGUUUCCAUUUCUAGUAAAAUCGCUGAAGGAGAGCAUCAAUCCAAACAUCAGUGAAAAGACCAAAGCAAGAGACGCCGACAUUCCUUACACCACAGAACCGAGGAAAAGAGCCGAUUUUCUCCAAUAUUACAACGACUUGACGUUGGACAUGAACACGGCCAACUCCUACCUGAGCGUCUCCGACAGCCGGAGGUCAGUGACAAGCCGCUCAGAACCGCAGCCCUACCCCGACCACCCGGACCGCUUCACCAGCUGGGCCCAGGUGUUGUGCAGAGCAGGGGUAGCUGGCCGAUGUUACUGGGAGGUGGAGUGGGCUGGGAGUAGGGGGGUCUCAAUUGGCAUCUGCUACAAGAACAUGAAUAGGAUUGGAGGAGGGAGCGACUGCAAACUGGGCCAUAACUCUAAAUCCUGGAGCUUAGACUGCGUCAACACCACCUGCUCGUUCCAGCACAACAAGGAAAGCGUUGCCAUCAAGACUCCCUGUGGGAGCCGGAUAGGAGUGUAUCUGGAUUUCAGGGCUGGGACUCUAAUGUUCUACAAUGUUUCUGAUUCAAUGAUUCUGCUCCAUGAGGAAAAAACCACAUUCACCCAGCCAGUGUACCCGGUGUUUUGGGUGGGCUUGGGCUCUAUACUGAAGCUGUGCUCUUCAAACUAGAACCCUGCUUCAGUAGCACUUUACAAGUAGUCUUGUAAAUAAAUAUAUAGAAAUAAGAGACAUAUUUAUGCUCUACGUUCAGCUUUAU